ACAACACAGACAGAUCGAGCCCUGAUGGCAACCUUAAACUCUGCUUUUCUCUCACUCUUCUUACUUGUGCUGUCAACUCCGGCGGCUUUCUCAGACGAUUCAUCACUGAACGAAAAGUUCUACCAAUGCAUUUCCAACACAUCCGGCGUCUCCAUCCCGUUCUCCGACGCUUUCUUCACCCCGAAGAAUAAUGCUUCGGCUUUCACGGCGGUUCUGGAAUCUACAGCUCAGAAUCUCCGGUGCCUUGAGCCGUCAGUCCAGAAGCCGAUGAUUAUAUUCACCCCGCUUUGCGAGGCCCACGUGCAGGCGGCGGUGGUUUGCGCCAAACAGCUCGGGCUUGAGCUCCGAUUGCGCAGCGGCGGCCAUGAUUACGAAGGGGUGUCGUAUAUCUCCGAGAUGGAGUCGCCGUUCGUGAUCGUCGACCUCGCCCGGCUGCGCGAGGUGGAGGUGGAUAUAGAGGCGAAUACAGCCUGGGCGCAGGCCGGGGCGACGGUCGGAGAAGUGUACUACAGGAUAUCGGAGAAGAGUAAGGUUCACGGGUUCCCCGCCGGGCUCUGCUCCAGCCUGGGAAUCGGCGGGCACAUUACCGGCGGCGCGUACGGUGCCAUGAUGAGGAAGUAUGGUCUCGGAGCUGACAAUGUUUUGGACGCCAGAAUCGUGGACGCGAACGGGAAGAUUCUAGAUAGGGAAUCCAUGGGGGAGGAUCUGUUCUGGGCUAUCAGAGGCGGCGGCGGGGGCAGUUUCGGGAUUAUACUUUCGUGGAAGUUAAGGUUAGUGCCGGUUCCGGAAACCGUGACGGUUUUCACUGUUCCAAAAACUCUGGAACAGGGCGCCACGAAAAUCCUUUACAAGUGGCAAAACAUCGCCGAUAAGAUCGACGAGGAUCUCUUCAUGAGGGUGGAGUUAUCGGUGGUUAAGGGAGGUGGCGGACUCGCCAACCGGACUGUCCAAACCGCCUACAACGCCCUGUUCCUCGGCUCCGCCGACAGACUCCUCAAGGUGAUGGAGCAGAGCUUUCCGGAACUGGGGUUAACAAAGCAAGACAGCAUAGAAAUGAGCUGGAUAGAGUCCAUUCUCUACAUCGCCGGAUACCCAACAAACACCUCCCCGGAAGUUCUCCUGGACGGAAAAUCCCUGUUCAAGAACUACUUCAAAGCCAAAUCCGAUUUCGUCACACAACCCAUCCCAGAAACCGGCCUAAAAGGCCUAUUCAAACGCCUCCUAUCAGAAGACUCCCCACUAAUGAUCUGGAACCCCUACGGCGGCAUGAUGGCCAACAUCUCCGAAUCCGCCACGCCCUUCCCCCACCGCAAAGGCGUCAUCUACAAAAUCCAAUACCUCACGCUCUGGGAAACCCUCGACGACGACGCGGCGGCGCGUCACAUUAAUUGGAUCAGAAAGCUUUAUAGAUAUAUGACUCCUUAUGUGUCCAGUUCGCCCAGACAGGCGUAUGUGAAUUACAGAGACCUCGAUUUGGGGUCCGAUAAGAGCGGGAACGCAACGGUCAUGGAAGCUAGCGCGUGGGGGGAGAUGUAUUAUAAAGACAACUUUCAUAGGUUGGUUCAGGUGAAGACGAAGGUCGAUCCCGAUAACUUUUUCCGGCAUGAACAGAGCAUUCCGACGCUCACGGCCACCGUGAUUAGCAGAGGCAAGAGAAUGAUUCACUGAAUUGUUUGUUACGAAUUGAAUUUGCUCUGAUCUGAGAAUAAUUGUAGCCAAAUAAUUUUGUUUUCCGAGGUUGUUAUAUUUAAUUCCCACCAUAUCUUCUCCAGGCUCAUGAAUAAACUGUGACAAAUAUUGUUCACUUUCU